CAAAACUUGCGAAUCGCAAAUUUGGAAAGAAUUCGCUUUUGUAUUUUUCCGGCAUUUACGUGAUUUUACAAGUUAAAUAUGGCAUUAGAAAUAAUAAAGCAGGGCGCUGAGGGGCGCUUAUAUCUUGGCGAAUACAAAGGCGAAUCGUGUUUGAUUAAAGAGCGAUUUGUGAAGAAAUACCGUCAUCCAGAGUUGGACACACAAAUAACAAGGCAGAGGAUGAAGGCCGAGGUGAAGGCUGCUGGCCGUUGUCUAGCUGCUGGGAUUCUUGCGCCAAAGAUUCUGCACUCCGACCUCAACACACAUAAACUGUAUAUGGAGUACUUUGGCAGCGCCCAGACAGCCAAGCAUUUUAUACAGCAAACAGUCGCCAAAUCCGGGGAGGAGCAAGCAAAGCAGCCGCUGGAAGAGCUAUGCAGGCGAAUAGGCGGCAUCAUUGGGCAAAUGCAUGCGAAUAACGUAAUCCAUGGUGAUCUGACCACAUCCAAUAUACUAAUAAAUCCGACACCGAAUUCAAGUGAUGGCUACGACAUCAUCUUUAUAGAUUUCGGCCUGAGUCACUACAAUCAGGCGACGGAGGAUAAGGGCGUUGAUUUGUAUGUCUUGGAACGGGCGCUUCUCAGCACACACAGUGAGCAGCCCUAUCUUUUCGAACACAUCCUCGCGGCAUAUCGCAAGACGUGCGGCAAGGAUGAGGCGGCCGUCCUGGCCAAGUUUGAGGAGGUGCGUGCGCGUGGUCGCAAGCGCACAAUGAUCGGCUAACAAUAUCAAAAUAUAACGAAUACUUUAAUAAACAAAGUUCAAAAUUA